AUGAAAAGCUAUUUUAAUGAAAAAUCAAGACUUCAGUUUAGCUAUUCUACUGUUGAUAAUGAAACAAAACGAAUGAAAAGAAUUAUUGAUGAGUCCGAGAUGGACAGUGAGAAUGAAAUCAAAAUAGAUGAUGAUGCUGGUGCAAUAUAUUUUGAUCGAACAGAAAACUUAGAACAAUUUGGUGUUGUAUGGUUUGAUACUGAUAUAAACAUCAACAAUAAAGACAGGGCAACUAUUCGAAUAAAAUUGCGUGAGAUUAUUGAUUAUUUACAAACUUUUGACAAUAUAGAAUUAUGUGAAGAAUACAUUCGAAAUGUUAAAACUGAAACAGUAUUUUUAAUUAUAUCGUCAAAACUUGCAGAUAAAGCUUUUAAAUGGCUACAAGAAUAUGCAUAA